UUGCAGAACCCAAACCCACAAAGAACUUAAGAGUCACAGAGAAGCCAACCAUCUUUCUCUUAAUUCCAUUCGUAUAAAUACUCCAUCAAACUGUCGGUUCUCAAACAUUCUUGAUUUCAUGGCGUCCCAAGCCAGCCUUCUCCUUCAAAAACAGCUCAAAGAUCUUUGCAAACACCCUGUCGAUGGCUUUUCUGCUGGUUUGGUCGAUGAAAGCAAUAUUUUUGAAUGGAGUGUCACCAUAAUUGGACCCCCUGAUACUCUCUACGAGGGAGGGUUUUUCAAUGCUAUAAUGAGCUUUCCUUCCAAUUAUCCAAAUAGUCCACCAUCAGUGAAAUUCACCUCAGACAUAUGGCAUCCUAAUGUAUAUCCUGAUGGUCGGGUUUGCAUAUCAAUCCUCCAUCCUCCUGGUGAUGAUCCUAAUGGUUACGAGCUUGCAAGCGAGCGCUGGACACCUGUUCAUACGGUAGAGAGCAUAGUAUUGAGUAUCAUCUCAAUGCUUUCCGGUCCUAAUGACGAAUCUCCUGCAAAUGUUGAAGCUGCAAAGGAGUGGAGAGAUAGCAGAGAUGAAUUCAGGAAGAAGGUUGGCCGAUGUGUAAGGAAGUCACAAGAAAUGUUGUGAUUUGUCGCGUGCGCAUCAUGGUGCUUUUGUGAACCAGAGAAAGAAUGGCUUUUUUGGAAGUUGGCCACACUACACUUAUAUUUUCUUCAGUUCCAUAUGUUAGGAAUUGGAAACAAACUGUAUUCUAAGUGCUUUGGCCUGGUGGUUUGACAUGGGAAAUUUACUUUGUUCAUUUGCAUAAACUUUUUUGUUUUGUUUAGUUUUAAUGAGUUGAAAAUAGGUGCUUUGUUUUGUCUUUCUGCUUAAUAUUGUGAUUUUUGGAUUCUUAAUUGCGAGGUUGUGUUGAUUGCUUGAUUUCA